CCCAUCAGGUCUAUCAUUACCUCCAUUUCAUCGUGAUAAUUUAAUCGGUUCGCGAAUCUUAAAAUCUAGAUAGGUAAUAUAAUUUGUCUUCUGUUCAGUUGACACGUACAAUAUGUGACAAUCAAAUUAUGCAAAAAUUGGCCCAUAUUUGAGCACUUUUUCGAGGCAGUAUUCAAGCUUACGCAAUGCAGAUUACUUUACGCGAACAAAUGGUGAAAAUAAUCAAACAAAUUUUAGGCCGAGAAAACAUCUUCGGUUACGAGACGACUUUAGCCAAUCAACUCUUCCUGCUUUAUUGUUUCUGCGGUAAAAUUUAUUUCACUCGUAAGAUCACUAAUUCGUUCAGAUUCAUAUGGACGCUGUUCAAUUUGAGUGGUGUACUCGUUGGUUACGUGAUCGCGGGGGCAUUUUUACUCCACGAUAAAGAGCCCGAUAUUUCGAUGCAGUUAUUUAUGAUAACUAUGAUGAUGAAUUCAACCCAGAUAGCGGUCUUUAUACCCUUACUUACAUUUCUGAAUCGCGACAAUAUUGAACAAUAUAUUCGCGAUAUUGAUCGAAUUUUACAAAACAGAUCCUCGCAUCAGGAGAAACUCAACUUACGGAAAUACGUUUACGGGAAUAUCCUGAUUGAACUUAUCGGCGGUAUUGUAUUCUCCACCACUUGCCUAUGGGAUGUUCUCAUUUUCUACGAAGAGGAAAAGGUUAAAAAUUACUCGUAUUAUUUGUGUCCUUUUCCCAAUACGGAGCUUACUGGUACCAAGACAAGUUUCCUAAUUAAUACCGCUCUAUCUAUCUUUAUAUUAUCAUCGCAAGCUUGCACAGCAUGGUCAACUGUGUCCACUUUAUUAAUCUGGAGCGUCAUUUGUAACGCACAGUUGAAGAAAGCGAGAAAAACAUUGGAUCACAGGUCAGAUUUUCUGAGUUCGUUUAUUGAGAAAACUUAUCGUGUGUACGGUGUGUCCAGAUAUGCAGAAAAAACAUUCGAGAAAAUUACCAUAGAAGGAAUACGGGAUAUCCAGCAAAUCACUCGAUUGAUUGAAAGUUUACGAAAAUUCUAUCAGGUGCUCUGUUCGUCAGCUAUUCCAGUGGCCAUCAUAGGCGCUAUACUUCAAUUACAUAUCAUUGUAUCAGUAAGUGCUCAUCAAGCUUACAUCCAUUAG